UCACGUUUGACUUUUGGCUCCUUUUCAAUUCAGAAAUCGAAGGAUUCUUGAAACGGGCCACGACGAUUUGAAGAGUUCGCGAGUUCGCGUAAGACUGCCAUUUCCACACGGUUCAGUCCACUCAAAUUUUUUUUUUUUUCAUAGAGAAGACAUUUAAAAAAAAUUAGUAUAGAGAUGAGUUUGAAUAAAUCGAAAGUCACUAAUACAUCAAACCCAUGUCAUCCAAUAAGCAAAGAGUCGCAGUGGUAAAGAAUCCAGUGCUUCCGGCACAGACCACUCCAGAACAACGUUACUGGAGAGGUUAUACUAAUACUCAGAUAGUCAAAGAACAUAAUGCUGUCAGCCAUAUCUGUUUCAAUCCUAUAGCACCACAUGAUUUUGCCAUAACUAGUAGUACCAGAAUCCAAGUGUUUUCUUCAAGAACUAGAGAAGUCACUAAAUCAUUUUCAAGAUUUAAAGAUACAGUAUACAGUGGUGAAUAUAGAUAUGAUGGUAAAUUAUUAGUUGCUGGUGAUGCAUCUGGUUUAGUUCAAAUUUUUGAUGCUAUAAAACAAAGAACUUUACUAGUUACAAUAAGACCAUCAACACAUCCUACUCAAGUUACAAAAUUCCAUCCAACCAUUUCUACUAAUUUAUUGACUGCUUCAGAUGAUAGAAUUGCUAGAUUAUUUGAUAUUUCUAAUGCAGAAAAUCCAAUAAUAACAUUCGAUGAUCAUGAAGAUUAUAUCAGAACUGCAAAUUUCAUACCUUCGUCCAACUUAAUAACGACAGGUUGUUAUGAUGGAUUUAUCAGAAUCUUUGAUGCAAGAGUUGGAUCAGAUCCAGUUGCUAAAUUCAAACAAAAUUCUCCAGUUGAAGACAUUUUACCAUUAACUCCAACAAGUAUGGUUAGUGCAGGUGGUCCAUCAAUCAAGAUUUGGGAUAUGGCUGCAGGUAAAUUAGUUAAUGAAAGAUCAAAUUUCCAAAAAACUGUUACAUGUCUUGCAAAUGCUGGUGAUGAUAGAGGUAUCUUGGCUGGUUCUUUAGAUGGCCAUGUUAAAGUAUUUGAUUCAGUUAAUUGGGAUGUUAAAUUUGGUUGGAAAUUUGGUGGUGGUGUGCUAAGUUGUGGAGUUUCACCAGAUUCAAAACAUUUUGUUGCAGGUUUAACUUCAGGUUUAUUAUCAAUUAGAACUAGAAAAACUGAAGCAAAAGUCAAACAAGGUGUUAAACAAGUUAAAUCAAAUGCUUUUAAGAAAAUGUUGAGAGGUGCUGAAUAUCAUGGUGAAGAGGAACAUCGUAUUGUCAGUGAUAAACCAAAACCAACAAGAAAAUUGAAAACUUAUGAAAAGCAUUUGAAUGGAUUUAGAUGGAGUGAGGCUUUAGAUUCUGCCUUCAUUCCAGGUAUGGCUAAAGAAAUCACAGUUACAGUUUUAGAAGAAUUAAAGAAAAGAGGUAAAGUUAGAGCAUCAUUAUAUGGACGUGAUGAAACAAGUUUAGAACCAAUUUUAACCUGGUCAUUAAAAGCAGUUGAAGAUGUUCGUAGUGUUAAUAUAGUUGCUGAUUGGGUUGCUGUUAUAAUAGAAUUGUAUGGGGGUAUGAUUGAAAAAGCACCAGUUUUAGAAGAGUUGAUUUUAACAUUACGUAAAAAAAUUUCCCAAGAAGUUGAAAAGGCAAGAGAGGCUCAAAAAAUUGAAGGUAUGCUUCAGUUAUUGACUGCCAAUUGAAAAAACUACAUUUGUAUAUUAGAAAACAAAAUUAAUGCAUUUUUUAACUCACCAACCAC